GCGCUUGGACGCUGGCCCGGAAGUGGCGAGGGCGGGAUUAACGCUGCCCGGAGAAAUCCUCCGCCUUGCGAAGAUGCUGUUGGACCUGUCCGAGGAGCAUAAGGAGCACUUGGCGUUUUUGCCGCAAGUGGACAGCACGGUGGUCGCGGAGUUUGGGCGGAUUGCGGUGGAGUUCCUGAGGCGAGGCUCGAACCCCAAGAUCUACGAAGGCGCCGCCAGAAAACUCAAUGUGAGCAGUGACACUGUCCAACAUGGUGUGGAAGGAUUAACGUACCUCCUCACUGAAAGCUCGAAGCUUAUGAUUUCUGAACUGGAUUUCCAAGACUCUGUUUUUGUUCUGGGAUUCUCUGAAGAAUUGAACAAAUUACUGCUUCAGCUUUAUCUGGACAACCGAAAAGAGAUCAGAACUAUUCUGAGUGAAUUGGCACCAGACCUUCCAAGUUACCACAGCCUUGAAUGGCGACUAGAUGUACAGCUUGCAAGCAGAAGCCUGAGGCAACAGAUUAAACCAUCAGUGACUAUAAAGCUACACCUUAAUCAGAAUGGAGAUCACAGCACCAAAGUUCUGCAGACAGACCCAGCCACUCUGCUCCAUUUGGUUCAGCAACUGGAACAAGCAUUGGAGGAGAUGAAAACAAACCACUGUAGGAGAGUUGUGCGCAAUAUCAAGUAGUCCCAGUUUUAAGGAUUUAUUCCCUUUUAAUCACUCAUGAAUUGACGAUAUGCAGCACUUUCCAAAAUUAAUUUUUUUAUUAAUUGACAGUUAUAAACAUAUAUUUUCCAUGAAAUUUCUUUUCCUAUGACAAGAUAGUGAAGUCAUGAUCAAAAGCUAAAGUAAAGUUCCUGGUGCUAAAUGUGGUCAAUUUCUUGACAAAUUAAGAUGUAUUUUAUAGUUUAAAUGUAAGAAUUGAAUGAACUGGAAGUGAAUCUAUACUGUUCAUAUCUUUUGUGUAUAUGAAUGUCUUUUUUGGUACUUCUUUUGAUUGCUUAACUUUAUUAUCUUUGUCUUUAUUGACCAGAAUCUGAAAAUAAAAUUCACAGUGUAAUACCA